ACACAAGAGUUGCUUUAUCCACCCUGUCCCGCUCUGGGUAAGAGGAAACCCCGAACUGCUCCGGCUCGACCAGCUUCGCCCUCUCCCCCUCUCUUUUUUCCCUCUCUUUUCACUCACAUCAGUUUGGACGUGUGCACGCUCCGGAUGAGAAUGGCAGCGGCAUCUGCACUGAGAACAGACGGGCCCCUCAAAAUGCUGGCUCUCACUUUGCUCCUGGCCACCUCGCUCCUGAGCGCAGGAGUCAUUGCUCAAGACACUGACUCACUACUGGAUGUCAAGACGGACGUUCCAAGAGACAUGACUUUCAUGUCAACAGGAGCUCCUGAGACAGACGAUCCACAAGGUCAAAAUGUGGUUUUCCCUUCUGUGGGAUCUGUACAGCCUUCUGACGAAACUACAGCAGCAGCAGCUACAACAGAGGCAGCAGGCGAUAAUAACAGUGGUCAUGCAACUCAAGAGGGAGCAUCAGAUGUGGUUAUUGCCACAGUUAAAUUUGUGGAAGCAGAGACCCCAGCACCUGCACCGCCUUCCAGAGGGGACGGCCCUGGCAACUUACCCUUACCCUUACCAAAGCCAGUGCCAAAGGAUGAUGUCGUGUGCGUGACCAAAGAGGCUGUGCAGGACAAACAUGCUGUCAGUCUGAAACUCAAGGGACCCUCCAGCUGUAGAGAAACAAAAGUGAGGCUUGAAAGUGUUCUGCAGGAGUUGUGUGGUGAAGACUGUAAAUUAGACAUCUACCAGGAAGACAACUCAGAUGAAAUCGUUGUGUCUGGGAAGUACGUUGAAGGUGAUGUGACGGGCAUGGCUGACAAGUUCAAUAAUGACAACAUAAGAGAUAAGACUAAUGUGGAGGAGGCUGUUGUUCGAUGGGGGAAGAACUCAAAGUUGGUGCUGGUCUCCUUGCUGCUGACUGGCCUGCUGCUGGCUGCGCUGCUGGUAGCUGGUUAUUACCUCAAGACGCACCGCAAGAACUCCAAAGGAGUGAGACUGGCUGAGUCCUUCCAGGUGGAUGAGGAGAACCAGGCCAAUACCUUGGUGUCUGUGGCCCCACUGCCUCAGGAGCCAGUGGACAAGCCCACUGUCAAUGGAGAAUCUCCACCGGAAAAUGGGACCAACGCCGCCCCCACCACUAACGGACACUCUGCCAACCAGACCCCGGUGGCUGACACGGAGAUGUGAAUCAUGACACCCUCCACUUCCUACUCUACCCACUAGCCCCUCCGCUGCUUCAGUGUCCAAACACUGAGACUAAUUCAACAAAAACCUAUUAACCACAUUUACCUUCCCUCCUAAACCUGCCUCACUUUGAUGAUAUCAACGAUGUUAAAGCCCAUGUUGACACAACACGAUGACAAUAAUGGCAGUGCCUAUAAUGUGAAAAGUUUGCGAACAUUUAACUUUGCUGGUGUAAAGAGGAACCUACAGACGUGUUCAGGAUUAAAAACUGGCUGACGGGGACUUUUUAGCGGUUCUGACUUCGGUCUAGUUGUAACAAUCUUUGUAGAAAUACCAAAUUAUGCCAAAUAUGUGCUGUUGAUCCCUGACGAAGAAGAGAACACUCUGUUAGUUGAAUCCACAGUUCUGAUGCAAUUUAACCAAUGAAACCAGGCAGUUGAAAGGAGACCAUGUUUUUGUACUUUUGUAAAAAAUAACUGACGCUCACUGCUUUAUUAUUUGUGCCUCUGUGCUUGCCUUGAUGUGAAUGAUUGAGGUGCAUGAAGCUGGAGUUGAUGAAAGUCAGCCACUAUUUAGAUAAUCGUGAAACUGUAUUUAAAGCAAACCAUGCCAUGUUUGCCACAAUGCUUGCUAUCAUUGUUUGCAUUCUUCACGGAAACCAAAGAUCAGCUGUUACAGUGUCUUUGGUUUAAUCGAGGAAUGAAAUAAUGUUAUCAAGCUAUUCAUAACGUGGCAAUGUUAUCUGAAAACUAUGUUGCCUUUGUUGCGUUUUAUACUUCAGCCUACUGAACAACUAAACCUCUGUAACUGACCUCUGGUUAAAGUUUAAUUUCUAUUUCUGUGGCUGUUUGGUUUUCACUAUUGUACAGUUUUGUUUUUCCUGUCUCAAUAAUAGCUAUUUUUUCCUACUCGAGCUACUGUCUUCGGGAAUGGAAGCACAGCAGUAUUUAAACUCAGAGAAAAAAAAAAAAAAAAAACAAAAACAAUGAAGCAGACUGUGAGUUUUUAUGUUGCUGGGAUGGUUAAGAAAUCACUGCCAAAUUCCUUCACAGUAUUCGCCAGGUUCAGGAUUCCCAAGACCGUGUUUAUCUCCUUGUUGAUAUAAAACAUUUUAUAAAUAGGUAGUACACCCUUUUUUUUUUUUUUGCUUCUCUUUUAAACAUUUGGCUGCUUUCAUAGUGUACCACAUGUGUAAAUAAUCCUGCUUUAUAGAAGUAGUACCUGACUCAUAAACUGUGAUUGUUGACAAUA